AUGCCCCGGGGGAGGCGCGGCGGCCGGGUGAGCGCCCUGGAGGGCGGCCGGGGGGAAGAGGCGCCCCCGGCGGCGGACGCCGUGCCCUCGGUGCUGUGGGCUUCAGGGCAGCAGCCAGAGGCGGCGGCCGAGCUGAUUCUGCUCCGGGGCAUCUUUGAGAUCGGCAGGGACAGCUGCGACGUGGUUCUGAGCGAGCGGGCCCUGAGGUGGCAGCCCGUCCAGCCCGAGCGCCCUACAGGUUUUUCAAACAGACCGAAGUCAUUAAAAAUACUCCUUAACCCCCAAAGCCACAAAAAAGAAGCUACUCAGGUCUAUUAUGGGAAGGUUGAACCACUGUUGAAGCUUGCGGGAAUAAAGACUGAUGUAACAAUAACAGAAUGUGAAGGGCAUGCCUUGUCACUGCUAAAAGAAUGUGAACUACAGGGAUUUGAUGGUGUGGUCUGUAUUGGUGGAGAUGGAUCUGCCAGUGAAGUAGCCCAUGCUUUGCUUCUUAGAGCCCAGAAGAAUGCCGGGAUGGAAACAGACAACAUCUUGACUCCCGUCCGAGCCCAGCUUCCACUUGGUGUGAUACCAGCAGGAUCUACUAAUGUAUUGGCACAUUCUCUUCAUGGAAUUUCUCACGUGGUAACUGCAACUUUGCACAUUAUAAUGGGGCACGUACAACCUGUCGAUGUCUGCACCUUCAGCACCACUGGCAAGUUUCUUCGCUUUGGGUUUUCAGCCAUGUUUGGCUUUGGUGGCAGAGCUUUGGCUCUGGCAGAAAAACAUCGAUGGAUGUCCCCUAGCCAACGGAUGGAUUUUGCUCUCAUUAAGGCACUGGCAAAACUUAAGCCAGAGGACUGUGAAAUAUCAUUUUUACCAUUUAACAGCUCUCAGAAUUUAGAAGAAAGGAGGGCACAGGGAUCUCCCAAAUCUGACUGUAAUGAUCAGUGGCAAAUGAUCCAGGGUCAGUUCUUGAAUGUCAGCAUUAUGGCAAUUCCAUGCCUGUGUUCAGUGGCACCUAGAGGCUUGGCACCUAAUACCAGAUUAAAUAAUGGAAGCAUGGCUCUUAUAAUUGCACGAAACACUUCUCGACCGGAAUUUAUAAAACACCUGAAAAGAUAUGCGAGUGUUAAAAACCAGGUACAGUAA